GUGACGUCAGAGCAGGAAGUGUUUGAGGAAGUCGCUGGUUUAAGAUUCCAACAUUUUAAUGUCUUCAGGGGGGUGUCAGAGCCCCCAGCUUUGCCACCCCAGCCCCUGUCUCCCCCGCCCCCGGGAGCCUGUCCCCUGUCCCGCGUCCCCGCCGACAGAAUUAGCAGGGCAUCAAUAUGAGCUGGUCACCUUCCUUGCCAACCCAGACAUGUGGGGCCUGGGAAAUGAAAGAACGACUUGGGACAGGGGGAUUUGGAAACGUCAUCCGAUGGCACAAUCAGGAAACAGGUGAGCAGAUCGCGAUCAAGCAGUGCCGGCAGGAGCUCAGCCCACGGAACAGAGACCGCUGGUGCCUGGAAAUCCAGAUCAUGAGAAGACUGAAUCACCCCAAUGUGGUGGCUGCCCGUGAUGUCCCUGAGGGGAUGCAGAACUUGGCACCCAAUGACUUGCCCCUGCUGGCCAUGGAAUACUGCCAAGGAGGAGAUCUCCGAAAGUACCUGAACCAAUUCGAGAACUGCUGUGGCCUGCGAGAAGGAGCCAUCCUCACCCUGCUGAGUGACAUUGCUUCUGCGCUUAGAUACCUUCAUGAAAACAGAAUCAUCCAUCGGGAUCUAAAACCAGAAAACAUCGUUCUUCAGCAAGGAGAGCAAAGAUUAAUACACAAAAUUAUUGACCUAGGAUAUGCCAAGGAACUGGAUCAGGGCAGUCUUUGUACUUCCUUUGUGGGGACCCUGCAAUACCUGGCCCCGGAACUGCUAGAGCAGCAGAAGUACACGGUAACUGUGGACUACUGGAGCUUUGGCACCUUGGCCUUUGAGUGCAUCACAGGCUUCCGGCCUUUCCUCCCUAAUUGGCAGCCUGUACAGUGGCACUCAAAAGUCCGGCAGAAGAGUGAGAUGGAUAUUGUUGUUAGUGAAGACUUGAAUGGAGCAGUGAAGUUUUCAAGCUCGUUACCCUACCCCAAUAAUCUUAACAGUGUACUGGCAGAACGACUGGAGAAGUGGCUGCAGCUGAUGCUUAUGUGGCACGCCCGACAAAGAGGCACAGAUCCCCAGUAUGGUCCAAAUGGCUGCUUCAAGGCCUUGGAUGACAUCUUAAACUUAAAGCUGGUUCAUAUCUUGAACAUGGUCACUGGCACCAUUCACACCUAUCCUGUGACAGAGAAUGAGAGUCUACAGGACUUAAAGACUAGAAUCCAGCAAGAUACAGGAAUUCCAGAAAAGGACCAGGAGCUACUGCAAGAGGCAGGUCUGGCGUUGAUCCCCGACAAGCCUGCCAUUCAGUGUAUUUCAGAUGGCAAGCUAAAUGAGGGCCGCACACUGGACAUGGAUCUUGUUUUUCUCUUUGACAACAGUAAAAUUGCCUAUGAGACUCAGAUCUCCCCACGACCCCAACCUGAAAGUGUCAGCUGUAUCCUUCAAGAGCCCAAAAGGAAUCUCUCGUUCUUCCAGCUGAGGAAAGUGUGGGGCCAGGUCUGGCAUAGCAUCCAAACUCUGAAAGAGGAUUGUAACCGGCUACAGCAGGGACAGCGAGCUGCCAUGAUGAAUCUCCUCCGGAAUAACAGCUGCCUCUCCAAGAUGAAGAAUUCCAUGGCCUCUAUGUCUCAGCAGCUCAAGGCCAAGUUGGAUUUCUUUAAAACCAGUAUUCAGAUUGACCUGGAGAAGUAUAGUGAGCAAACCGAGUUUGGAAUCACAUCAGAUAAACUGCUACUGGCCUGGAGGGAAAUGGAACAGGCUGUGGAGCUGUGUGGGCGGGAGAAUGAAGUAAAACAUCUGGUGGAACGUAUGAUGGCACUGCAGACCGACAUCGUGGAUUUGCAGAGGAGCCCAAUGGGCCGGAAGCAGGGGGGCACACUGGAUGACCUAGAGGAAGAAGCAAGAGAGCUUUAUAGGAGACUAAGAGAAAAACCGAGAGAUCAACGAACAGAUGGUGACAGUCAGGAGAUGGUACGGUUACUACUUCAGGCAAUUCAAGGUUUUGAAAAGAAAGUGCGAAUGAUUUAUACACAGCUCAGCAAAACUGUGGUUUGUAAGCAGAAGGCAUUGGAAUUGUUGCCCAAGGUGGAAGAAGUGGUGAGUCUAAUGAAUGAGGAUGAGAAGACUGUCGUUCGGCUUCAGGAGAAGCGGCAGAAGGAGCUCUGGAACCUCUUGAAGAUCGCGUGUAGCAAGGUCCGUGGUCCUGUCAGUGGAAGCCCAGAUAGCAUGAAUGCUUCUCGACUUAGUCACCCCGGUCAGCUGAUGUCUCAACCAUCCACUGCCCCUGACAGCUUACCUGAGUCAGCCAAGAAAAGUGAAGAACUGGUGGCUGAAGCACAUACUCUCUGCACCCAGCUAGAAAAUGCUAUGCAAGACACCAUGAAGGAGCAGGACCAGAGUUUGAUGGCUCUGGACUGGAGCUGGUUACAGACAGAGGACGAAGAACAGAGUGCUUUGGAGCAAGCCUCAUGACUGGGGGCCUAGACCACCUGACCUGCCACUUUCCUACAGAGGCUCCUGUGGUAUUGACGUCCCAGUGCUCUCCAGCAUCUAGAUGGAGAUCUUACUUCCCUAGCAUCUGUGUUUUUCAGCCCGGACCAAAGUUGUGGCCCUCAGCAAACCAUGCCAGUACCUUGUCUGUACACUGGAAGUCCUCCAUUAUAGAAGCCCAGUAAAUGUUGAUACCAGUUGUAAGUUUUCAGGGAAACAGAGCCUCAGCAGCUGCUUCCUCUGCUAUGAAAAGAGUGCUCAGAGUAUGGUUUGCCACACAGACCACUGGACAGAUGUCUAACUUGAAUCUUUUAGAAAUGGUACUUGGUGCCAGCCUGCCCUCUUCUGACUUCUCCUGAGCUCCAGGGAGGCCUUAAUCCACUGUCCCUUUUUAUGUUACAGCUAAGACUUCGUCUGGAUUCAGCUUCUCUUAAACAGACUUUUAAAUCAUAGGUUUGGCCAGAACCCAUCUCUGUUCCUUUUUAUUUCAUUGCUGCUAAAAAAGUGUUUUUAUCCACUGCAUCGUGGUCAUCCCCCACUUGGUUGUAGUAAUGCCAAGCCCCCCAUUGUCUGCAGUCCUUUCAGCUACAGAGUGACUUCCUAGGGACAGGAUGAAGAGCUACUACCUUCUUUUGAGUUCCAAAGAUGACCUGGGAGUAAGUUAUCCUGGAGAAGAGGGAAAGAAGAAAAGGGCAUCUGUCAAUGACUAGCCUACUGACCUUUUUAACCUUGUAAAAAAUGUCUCUAUGUGGUGGUGGGGUAGGGGUGUUCCAGCCUCUCAUAUCAUCUAGCAGUAUUAUUAAAUUUGUUUAUUUUAUAAAUAGUUUCUUUAUUUUGAAACGUGACUGAAAUACUUAGACUGGAUUCUGCAGUCCAUUUCUAUAAUACCUAUGGUUAGAAUUUCUGAACUCAACAUCCAGCAUAAUGGAAAAUUUUAUAAAAUUGAAUAUUAUCUGGAUCAUAAACAAUGUUGUAGCUCUGCUUCAGCAUUUCAUAAAAUGAUUUUAUAUGUAAAAGCAAGAAAAAUGAAUUUAGAUGAUCAUAUACAGGUAUGUUUUGUUGGUUAAAAAAAAAGACUUGAAGUAGAGGAAUUUCAUGAAGUAAUUUCCAUGGAGAUAGUGUGAGGCAAGUGUCUGGUCAAAUAAGUUUAGGAAAUUCUUCAUGCUUAAACUAUUUGUUGGAGAUUUGCUCUGUAUACUGGUAAAGUCUCAGAAAAGUCUUAUAAUAAAGGAACUUGCUUAACUUUAGGUAAA